GAGAAAGUGGCGCGUGCGUAUUCACGCUCCUCAUUAUUGGCCGUCCGUCCAUCUUACUAUUUUUCCAAUGCCUUGUUGAAUUUUUUUUUCUCUGUUGUUUCCUUAUGAAUGAAUCUUUCAAUCCUAAUUGAUUUGAAAACUUUCUCAUACAAACCUCAAAUUCAGACAUCGUCUCGCAUUUGUCUUGUCAGAACUCUUAAGUUACAUUUUCUCAAGAAUCGGUUCUUACAAUGUUGGGAGAUGAUAAAGAAGAUUCAGAAGACCUUAAUUUAUUUCUAAACGCCAUUAAUGGUGGAGAUGACGAAGAAGGUCUAACGAGAAUCUCAACGUCUUUCAAUGAUAUCGACUUCUUGAACUUUGACGAUGAACAAGAUUCAUCACAUCAUAACCCAUUUCAAGAUUUUGAUUCUUCAAGUCCAAUCAACGAACCACCUCCUAGGGUUUAUGUUGCACCUAGGGUGAUGAUAAGUCAUCAAGAUUCGUUUUCUGAAGAUUCAAGAAUCGGUGUAAUCGAAGAUGCUAGGAUCUUGCCUGCUUCUCCUCGUUUACGAGUUCCUGCUUCUCCUCGAGCUUUCGUGUAUCCGAGAUCUGUUGAGUCUCCUCGUUUCGGGUCUCCCGUUGGUGUUAUCGAUACAGCUUCGCCUUUUGACUCGGUUAAAGAUGCAGUUUCUAAGUUUGGUGGUAUUACAGAUUGGAAAGCUCAUAAGAUUCAGACAAUAGAGAGACGGAAGAUGGUUGAUGAAGAGCUUGAGAAAAUACAAGAAGCUUUGCCUGAGUACAAGAGAGAAGCUGAGUUAGCUGAAGAAGCGAAACGCAAUGCGUUGAAGGAGUUAGAGAACACAAAAGGAUUCAUUGAGGAGCUAAAGCUCGAGUUAGAGAAAGCGGAAAAGGAGGAGCAACAAGCGAAACAGGACUCAGAGCUCGCGCAGAUGCGUGUUGAGGAGAUGGAACAAGGUGUAGCUAAUGAGGCAAGUAUUGCUGUCAAAGCGCAGCUCGAUGUGGCUAAAGCGAGGCAGGUCUCAGCUACUUCUGAGCUAAGUUCUGUGAGAGAAGAGAUUGAAAUGGUUAGUAAUGAAUAUGAAGAAAUGUUGAGGGAAAAGGAUUUAGGUAAGGAGAGAGCUGAUAUUGCUGUUAUGGAAGCUAAAGAGGUUGAGAGAACGAUGGAUGGUUUGAGUAUAGAGCUGAUUGCAACCAAGGAGUUGUUGGAAUCAGUACACACAGCUCAUCUCGAAUCUGAAGAGAUGAGAUUUGGUGCAGCAAUGGCUCGGGACCAAGAUGUUUACAAUUGGGAAAAGGAACUGAAGAUGGUGGAAGAUGAUAUCGAGAGGCUUAACCAAGAGUUUCGAGCAGCAGAUGAUGUGAAAGCUAAGCUAGAGACUGCUUAUUCUCUUCAGCAUGAUCUGAAGGCAGAAUUAGCGGAUUUCACGGAAAACUCAAGCGGUAAUAUGUUGAUGGACAAGGAGAGUAAUAAUGACAUUCAGGCUGCGGUUGAUUCUGCGAGGAGAGAGCUCGAAGAAGUAAAAUCCAACAUUGAAAAAGCAGCUUCUGAGGUGAAAACAUUGAAGAUAAUUGCUGGAUCAUUACAGUCCGAGCUUGAAAGAGAGAGACAGGAUCUAACAGAAACUAAGCAGAGAGAAAGUGCGGGUCUGGCCCUGAGAAACGAUGAAGGCACAAGAGAGGAGUUGGUGGAAACAGCGACGAAGUUGGAGCUGGCGACAAAAGAGGCCGAGGAUGCAAAGUCAUUUGCUACAGCUGCGAAAGAUGAGCUGAGAAUGGCAAUGGAAUUAUCUGAACAAGCGAAAAGAGGAAUGUCUACGAUAGAGAGUCGGUUAAUUGAAGCAAAAAAGGAAAUGGAAGCUGCUAGAGCUUCAGAGAAGUUGGCCUUGGCUGCUAUAAAAGCUCUGCAAGAGACUGAAUCUUCUCAGAGAUCCGAGGAGAUGAAUGAUUCACCAAGAAGCAUCAUAAUCUCUGUAGAGGAGUACUACGAGCUAAGCAAGCAGGCACAUGAGUCAGAGGAGGAGGCAAACACAAGGCUAUCCGAGAUUGUCUCCCAAAUAGAGGUGGCUAAAGAGGAAGAGUCAAGAGUCUUGGAGAAACUAGAGGAAGUUAAUAGAGAAAUGAGCGUAAGAAAAGAAGAGCUUAAAGAGGCUAUGGGAAAAGCCGACAAGGCUAGAGACGGGAAGUUGGAUAUGGAGCAAGAGUUGAGAAAAUGGAGAUCAGAAAAUGGGAAGAGGAGGACAGACGAAAGCCGGGAACCUGAGAAAAGCCCGACAAGGUCAAGCACCGAGGGAAGAAAUACGGAGAACGGAUAUGGACAAUCGAAGUCGUUCGCAUUUGGUGAACAAGGAAGCAGCAGCAACUACGUUGAAGCAGCUACUACUAUUAAUAAUAAUGUCACCCCUGAAACAAAGAAGAAGAAGAAGAAGCUUUCUUUGUUUCCAAAAGUUUUCAUGUUCUUGUCAAGAAAGAAGUCUCACAGUCACAAGUGAAAAAAUGUUGCAUACCUUUUGAUUUUUCCUCACAAUAUUUGGUUUUUGUUUUCUUCUUACACCAAAAACAUAACAGAGACUCCUUGAGAUGAGUCUUGCAGUUACUUUUUAUGUAUGAUUUUGUUGUAUUCACUCAUAGGAAAUAAAUGUACUGAUACACAGUUA